AUGAAUAUCGCUUUGCGUAUCGCCGGCAGCAUUCAAAAACAUGACCAUAGGUCUUCUUGGAACGAUGUCGUGCCUUUGUCUCAACAGGCUCAAUACACUUACGUCCUCAGCGCAACGCCCAUUGCAAUUUGCGGAAUGGGCAUGCGACUACCCGGUGGCAUUAGAGACUCUGACGCUUUGUAUGAAUUUUUGUUAAACAAGCGGGAUGCUCGAGGAACCGUUCCAUCAAAUCGAUUCAAUGUUGAUGGAUUCUACGACGCCGAUGGAAAGCCAGGCACUCUUUCCUCGACACAGGGGUAUUGGCUCGACGAUGUUGACCUGUCUAACUUUGACUCGUCCUUAUUCUCCAUGGGUCGAAAAGAGAUUGAAACCCUAGACCCACAUCAAAGGCUGUUACUGGAAGUUGUCCGCGAAGCGUUCGAGAGUGCUGCUGAAACCGGCUGGCGAGGCAAAAAUAUCGGAUGUUACGCCGCGAGUUUUGCUGAGGAAUGGACGAACCGCAUCUCAUACGAGUUCGACCUAAGAGGGCCCAGUAUGACGCUUCGCGUUGGGUGCUCGGGAAGUGGUUUGGGCAUUCACCUUGCAUGUCAGUCGAUUCAGCUUGGCGAGUGCACCUCUGCUAUCGUGGCUGGUGCCAACAUUAUUCUCUCCCCCGAGACUACCAUGUUGAUGGCAGAUGGCGGUGCAAUCUCCCCCGACGCUUCAUCCAAAACCUUUGAUGCCAGCGCAAAUGGUUAUGUCCGCGCUGACGGUGUAAACUGCCUUUAUAUCAAGCGUCUCGAUGAAGCCAUUCGCGACGGUAACCCGAUCCGAGCUGUGAUUCGAGGAACUAGUACCAACGCAGGUGGCAAGUCUACUGCCCUCACGGCGCCAAACAUCGAGGCAGAGGAAGCCCUUAUCAAUGCAGCCUAUCGCAAUGCAGGCGUCGAUCCCGCGCGUACAGCCAUGGUGGAGUGCCAUGGAACAGGCACAGCGAUGGGCGAUGCCAUUGAGGCAGAUGCAGUAGCCCGUGUCUUUGGCGACAGAGGAAUAUACAUUGGAGCUGUCAAACCAAAUUUAGGACACUCGGAAGGGGCGUCAGCCAUCAGCAGCAUUCUAAAAGCAAUCGUGGAGUUGGAACAUCGGACUAUUUUACCAAAUAUCAAGUUCAAUACCCCAAGCCCUCGGAUUCGCUGGGACGAAGCCCGGCUAACGGUUCCAACCGAGCCGAUUCUUUGGCCAGAGGAUCGAGAGGAGCGCAUCAGCAUCAAUAGUUAUGGAAUCGGCGGAACCAAUGUCCACAUUAUCCUGGACUCUGCUGCCUCAUUUGGUCUAUCCGAACCCGAUACCCAAUCACCCUGCGAACGCGAACCAGAUUUCAAACUUCUUUUGUUAUCAGCAGGGCAUUCGGAUUCAUUGAAGGAAAUGCAAAAGAACUAUCAUGAGUACUCUACCAAGCAUCCAAAUCGGUUGACUGAUCUGGGAUAUACACUGGCAGAACGGCGGGAGCAGCUUCCUCUCCGUGGCUUUUGCAUUAGCAAGGGGACUCACGAUGAAGCUGUCACCUCACCUCCUUUUACGAGUCAACCUCAAAGGAAGAUUGCAUUUGUUUUCACUGGCCAGGGUGCGCAGUGGGCUGGGAUGGGCAAGGAACUGCUUGAAACAUAUCCUGAACUACUUCACGAUGUCAGGCAGAUGGACAAGCUUUUGCAAAAGCAAAAUAACCCCCCCUUAUGGAGCAUAGAGGAGCAACUAUUGAUGUCAUCAGAAGGGAGUCUCCUAUCCGAGGCAGAGGUGGCGCAGCCUGGAGAAAUUGCGGCCGCGUAUGCCGCAGGGUCUCUCAGCAUGCACGAUGCAGUACUUCUGGCAUAUUAUCGAGGAGCCGCGUCUAAGGAACAGACACGUGAAGGAGCCAUGGCAGCUGUGGGGCUCGGAUAUGAUGAGGUUGUUCAGUGGCUUCGGCCAGGUGUUGUCAUUGCCUGCGAAAAUAGCCCCUGGAGCGUCACCUUGUCGGGAGAUGCGGAUGCCAUCGAAUCAGUCCUUUCAGGUAUUAAAAAUGACCGUCCGGACGUCUUUCAACGGCUCUUGAAAGUAAACAAAGCGUAUCAUUCACAUCAUAUGCAGGACGUAGGGCACCUGUACGACAGUCUCAUCGCCAAUCAACCAGCGAUCAAGCAGCCAAACGUUCCAUUUCACUCUACCGUCUUCUCUCGACAAUUGCAUGAACCAGAGGAAUUUGGAUCCGGCUAUUGGCGUUUGAACAUGGAAAGCCCUGUGUGGUUUUAUCAAGGGUUCAACUCUCUUCUUCAGUCACAAAUCGGGAAGGAUGCCCUAUAUGUAGAGAUUGGACCACAUUCAGCACUGGCUGGCCCGAUUAAACAGAUCUACCGAGCACAUAAUGCGUCUAAUCCAUAUCUUUCCGUACUCUCACGUGGCGCAGACGCAGUUAUCACAUUUUUGUCCUGCGUUGGAGAGCUCUGGUCUCGAGGGGUGACUAUAAAAUAUCCUCUCCCAGCCACCAUGCCCAAAGCCUUGCAUGACCUGCCGUUAUAUCCAUGGCACUACGGAGAGUCUUGGUGGUCAGAGUCGCGACCUAUGAAGUCCUCACGGUUCCAAAAGUUCCCGCGCCAUGAGUUACUCGGCGUGCGGACAAUUGAAAGCAGCGAUUUAGAACCCGUGUGGCGAAAUGUCCUCCGUCUUGGAGAUGUAUCCUGGCUACGUGAUCACUGCGUGGGCCCAGAUAUCGUUUUUCCAGCUGCGGCAUACAUUGCGAUGGUUGGCCAUGCCAUUUGGCAAAUCACGGAUCUGAAGGACUUUACGCUGCGAGAUGUUUCCUUGAAGACCGCGAUGGUGCUUGAUGACAGUGUACCGACCGAAAUCAUUACUAGACUUCAACCCCAUCGGCUUACUGAUUCUCUGAACUCUCCAUUCUUUGAAUUUUCCGUUAUGUCAUAUACUGGUUCGGUGUGGACACAGCAUUGCGUGGGACUGGUCGCAGGCGGCCAGAGCUCACCUGGACCAACACCCAAAGUGACCUCUUUUUCGAGAAUAGUAGAGUCGAAGCGGUUCUAUCGAGCGACUACCAGGGUUGGCCUGCGGUAUGGCCCUCAUUUCACUGGUUUGAGGCAAAUAACGGCAAGCGUCAGUGAAAGUACUGCAUCUGCCAUCAUCCACGAUAACAGACAUCCCGGAUCGUCAUAUAUAUUGCACCCAACAACGACAGACUUGAUUCUACAGUCCGCCUUCGUAGCCAUGCACCAAGGUCAGCCACGCUUCUUCGAAAAGUGCCGCUUACCUACAUUUAUCGAGGAGAUGUACAUAGGAGGGAAUGCGGGUGAGCACGAUAUCCACCUGAAUACUACUGUCCAGAAGCAAAAAGUCGAAUCUCAUGGUGUCGUCAAGGAUACUCUUGUGUUCUUCAUGAAAGGCCUUGAGCUUUCAACGCCAGAAAAGGAGGAAGACGAGCAGGAGGAGAAAUCCGAAACGGCCGAGCUCGUGUGGAAGCCGGAUAUCCACUUUGUGGAUCCUACAACCCUUGUCAAACCUGCCCAGCAGGCUGAGUUGCUUUUGGCAAAUCCUCUAAUUGAGCGAAUAUUUCUGCUUUGCAUCAUAGACCUGAUGCACGAUAUCAAGGACAUUCCAACAGCUCAACCACAUCUCGAGUUAUAUCGGAUUUGGAUGUCUGAACAACUUUCUCAAGCGCAAAAGGAAGGCUCUCCUCUGGUACCCGAUGCAAAAGAUCUGUUCAACCUCGGUGCCAGCGACAGAAAAGAACUGAUUCACAGUCUAGUCGCGAGUCACACUGAAGGAACAAUGGUGCCAGGAUCUCGCAUCUUGUUCCUUUGCUAUAGACACAUGUUCGAUAUUUUCAAGGGGAGGACUAACCCGCUGGAAUUAAUGCGGCGAGAUGGCCUGUUAGGCCGUUACUACGACUGCCUACAAGACAAGCAUGAUUACAAAGACUUUUUGAAGCUCUUGAGUCAUCUACGGCCUCGAAUGAACAUACUGGAAAUUGGCGCUGGUACCGGAGGACUGACUGCAAAAGUACUCGACUUCUUGCGAUCCGAGUCUGGCGAGGAUACCUAUCACGAAUAUAUGUAUACCGAUAUAUCGUCAGGAUUUUUUGUCGAUGCGCAAGAGAGAUUCCACAACCGACCUCGAAUUUGCUACGAUGUGUUGGAUAUUUCCAAAGAUCCUAUCGAGCAGGGCUUCCCCGAGGCGCAUUAUGACUUGGUUAUUGCCUCUAAUAUUCUACACGCAACGCCCAAGCUGACCGAGACCCUAAAGCAUACUAAGAGGUUGCUCAAGCCAGAUGGUCGUCUCUUGUUACAAGAAUUGUGUCCUGCUUCGAAAUGGACAAACUUCAUCUUCGGGUUGUUCCCUGGCUGGUGGCUUGGCAAAGAUGAUGGACGUCCCAGCGAGCCCUACAUCAGCCCAGCGGAAUGGAAUUGCAGACUACGUGCCGCCGGAUUCACCGGCGUGGAUGCCUCAGCUCUUGAUGCGGAACACCCAUACCAGCUGAACACUAUGUUGGUUGCAACACCUGCUCCGCCGCCCUGUCAAAAGACGGUCACUUUGCUUCACAUUGGAACUUCUUCCCAUCCAGUAGUUCAAGAUUUACACCAACGACUUAGCUUGGACGGAUACAAAGUUGAUUUGCUGAGUUGGGGAGACAAUAUACCAUCGGAUCAGGAUAUUGUCUUUUUGCUCGACGUCGAAUCCCCAUUUUUUGACAAUAUCACAGAGGAGAAUCUCAACGGCUUUCUGCAAGUCUCUAAGCAUCAUUCCUCAUCUCAACUCUUGUGGAUAACCCAUGCAGCACAAAUUCUUCCACAGGAUCCACGGUUUUCCCAAGUUCUGGGUAUGGCACGAACUCUGAGGUCAGAACUUGGUAUUUCCUUUUAUACUCUGGAAAUGGAGAAUUUUGGUCCAGGGUCCACGGAGGCAAUCUGCCUUCUGUUAGAACGCAUACAGCAAAGGGCAGUUGAGAAUACCGGGGAAUCUGAAUUUGACCCAGACCGAGAAUAUGCUUGGGUCAAUGGUGCCAUUCAUGUCAGCCGCAUGCAUUGGCUCUCAGUUCCUGCGGCUCUGGCUCAGAGUAGCAGACGGAGCCAGAAGGCUACUUUGGAGAUAGGUCGACCAGGAUUACUCAAUACGCUGCGUUGGGUAUCUCAGCCAAUGGAACCGUUACGGGCCAAUGAAGUGAGAAUCAAGACCAUGUCAAUCAGCAUGAACUUCAAAGAAUUGCUUCUUGCCAUGGGGGUUGUUCCCAUUGAUGAGGGCCAGGAGUUGGCAGGCACAGACAGUGCAGGUAUUGUCACAGCGGUUGGCUCUAAUGUUACGAACGUAGCUGUUGGGGAUCGAGUAAUGGCCCUCACUGUUGAGAGUACCAGUUAUACAACGGUACUACAGCUGUCUAGUCAUCUCUGUAUUCAGAUCCCAGAUGACUGCAGCUUUGAGGAGGCGAGUACACUGCCAACCGUUUACCUGACAGUGCUCAGGACCUUGCGAGAAAAGGCGAACCUUCGACAAGGCCAAACCACUCUCAUUCAUAGUGCUGCAGGAGGAGUUGGUAUCGCAGCUAUCCACUAUGCAAAGUCGGUUGGCGCCAGGAUCUACGCGACAGUAGGCUCACCGAAAAAGAUUAGUUUCUUGGUGGACAAAAUGGGUGUGGAGAGAGGAAAUAUAUUCUAUUCACGGGAUAACAGCUUCCUCGAUGGAGUCAUGAAAGCGACCUGUGGUCGCGGAGUCGAUGUGGUACUUAACUCACUGUCCGGCGAGCAGUUACAUGCGUCCUGGCAAUGUGUUGCAGAGGGAGGAACCAUGGUUGAAAUCGGUAAACGAGAUCUUCUCGGUCGUGGAAAAUUGUCGAUGAGCCCGUUUUUGGCCAACCGAUCAUAUAUCGGAGCUGACAUUGCAACGCUUGCUGUGCUUGAACCCGCAUGGGUUCAAGAACAACUAGCCACCAUAGUCGAUCUUUACAAACAGGGAACUAUACACCCUAUCCGCCCGGUCAAGACAUUUCCCCUCAAUGAGCUUCAAGAUGCCUUCCGAUAUCUGCAAACGGGGCAACAUAUCGGCAAACUUGUCUUGCAGUUUUCCGCCUCUACCGACCUCCCCGUGGCCACUAGGGUUCCGGUCUUAGAACUUCGAGGAGACAGAGCCUACCUGUUGGUAGGUGGAAUGCGUGGCAUCGGUGCAUCCAUCGCAAGAUGGAUGGUCUAUCAAGGCGCCAAACGUCUUGUUUUCCUCUCUCGCUCAGCAGGGAAACGGGAUGAGGAUAAAGCACUCGUACGCGAAUUGUCCGAUAUGGGAUGCAAAGUCCUGACAUUUGCAGGCGACGUCGCUCAUAUGGCAACUGUUCAACGGGUCAUUUCAAGCGUCACAACUCCAAUUGCCGGGGUCAUUCAGUUGGCCAUGGUGCUUGCGGACACUGGAGUCUUGGACAUGGAUUUGGAGACAUGGAAUACAGCUCUGAGGCCCAAAGUUGAUGGAACCUGGAAUCUGCACGAGGCCCUACCAAUGGACAUGGAUUUCUUCGUCAUGGCGUCUUCUCUAUCCGGAACAUUCGGAAACUAUGGCCAGGCCAACUACGCGGCUGCCAAUACCUUCCUUGAUGCCUUUGCCCAGUUUCGCCAGGGUCAAGGACUCGCCGCCUCGGUGGUGGACUUGGGUGUAGUGGACGAGGUUGGCUUCGUCAGUCGAAAUGAAUCUAUCCAUCGAUCGAUGGUGCAACAGAUGAGUGCCCCCAUUUCAGAAUGCAGUCUCUUGAGCAGCUUCCAUUUGGCCAUUGUCCGCAGUCAUCCACCGAGUGACCCUUCGUCAGUCUUCAAUCCACUAGAGGGAUUCCGAUCCCCCCACCAACUGCUCCACGGUCUACUGUCCGAAAUUGGUAUUGCAAAGAGUCAAUUCAUGUGGCAACGAGAUCCGCGUACUGCUUUGAAUCGCGUUCAUACCCAGAAAGAUGCAUCCACUCCUGAUGGUGACCAACGUGAAGACGGUGGUCUUAAAUCGUUUCUUGCCGCUAUCCAUGACAACCCGGGAAUUUUGCAAGACCAGUCUAGUACUGAAAGAGCAGCUACAGAAAUUGCUCGCCAAGUUUCCAUAUAUACAACGCGACAUGCCGACGAGGCCACGAAUUUGGGGUUGUCGCUGCACGACUUUGGUGUCGACUCUCUUGUGGCAAUCGAACUACGUAAUUGGUGGAAACAGUCAUUUGGCGUCGAUGUGACGGUGUUGCAGCUCAUGAAUGGUGGGAGCUUUCGGGAUCUUGGCCAGAAGGCUGUGGAUCAGCUCAAGCAACGGCAUUUGAAAGGAUAA